AUGACGGUCCCGGACGUCAAAACCGGUACCGGCAACGAGAAGCUAGUGGUGGAGAUAAUAGGGGCCCACAACCUCAUGCCAAAAGACGGUGAAGGUUCUUCGUCACCUUUCGUGGAAGUCGAGUUCGAAGACCAACGUCUACGAACUCAUGUCAAACGCAAAGAUUUAAACCCGAUAUGGAACGAGAAACUCGUCUUCCACGUCAUCGACGCCAACGAGCUGCGUUACAAAACGCUAGAGAUCAGCGUUUUCAACGAGAAGCGUUCUUCGAACAGCAGAAACUUUUUGGGUAAAGUUAGAGUUUUAGGGACGAACGUUGGAAGAGAAGGAGAAUCUGUUGUUCAGAUGUACACGCUCGAAAAAAGAAGUCUUUUCUCGCACGUGCGUGGUGAAAUCAGUUUAAAACACUAUAUCACCACUACGGCUGAGAACGAUGGAAAUAUUAGUCGGGUUAACGGGUCGGGUGGUGUAAAGAAAAGCAAGAAAGUAAGCUCUUCAAUUGGUACUCAGCAACAACAACAACAUGUAACUCUUCUCAAUCAUCAGCAACAGAAUCAACAGAGGAUGCUACCUUUUUAUCCAAACCAAGGAGAGAUGAAACCUCUAGUAAUAACCGCUUUACCCGGUCCAAGACCCGGACCCGGGCCCGUCCUUUACCCAAACGGGUCUAGUGAGUUUUCCCUAAAGGAGACAAAGCCACGACUUGGAGGAGGUACUAGUACGAGCAGUCACAAGGACAAGACAAGCUCAACGUACGAUCUAGUCGAGCAAAUGCAGUAUCUUUACGUAAGAGUCAUGAAAGCUAAAGACUUGUCUUUAUCCGGUGAAGUUGUGUCUGAAAUAAAGUUGGGUAAUUACAAGGGAGUUACUAAAAAAGUUAGUUCGAGUAACCUCGAGUGGAACCAAGUGUUUGCGUUUUCUAAAGAAACUAUUCAAUCAUCUGUAGUUGAGAUUUUCCUUAGAGAAAGUAACAAAGACGAAUAUUCGGGUCGGGUCUGGUUCGAUUUAAGUGAAAUCCCCACCCGGGUUCCUCCGGAUAGUCCGUUAGCUCCACAAUGGUACAAAGUAGAGAGUAGGAACGGUGUGAGAAGCAGCGGAGAGCUUAUGGUUUCAGUUUGGUUUGGGACUCAAGCAGAUGAAGCUUUCGCUGAAGCCUGGCAUUCAAAAGCUGGUAACGUUCAUAUAGAGGAACUCUCUUCUAUUAAAUCUAAAGUUUACUUGUCUCCCAAGCUAUGGUACCUUAGGGUUUCAGUUAUCGAAGCUCAAGACGUUGCUGUUAUUAACAAAGGAACAAAUCUCAUGAGGUUCCCUGAGCUUUCAGCUAAACUCCACGUCGGGAAUCAGAUCUUACGGACUAGUGUCUCAACCGCAAACCCGACCCGGAGCUUUACAAACCCGUAUUGGAACGAGGAUUUGAUGUUUGUGGUCGCAGAACCGUUUGAGGAUUGCAUCACAGCUAUUGUUGAGGAUCGUGUCGGUGGUAAUGAUGUUGGGAGGGUUCAGAUUCCUGUUUCAGCUGUUGAGAGAAGAACCGGAGAUAAACCGGUUGGUUCGAGAUGGCUUAACUUAGAUAACGGUAACAAUAGUCAGUUUGGUUCAAGGAUUCAUCUUAGGUUGUCACUAGACGGUGGAUACCAUGUUUUGGAUGAAGCCACGAUGUAUAGCAGCGAUGUGAGACCUACAGCGAAAGAGCUUUGGAAACCGCAUGUCGGGCUUUUGGAGAUUGGGAUUUUAAGUGCAACCGGUCUAAUGCCUAUGAAGGUUAGAGAUGGGAAAGGCGUUGGAACCGCGGAUUCGUAUUGUGUGGCUAAGUACGGUCCUAAAUGGGUGAGAACAAGAACCGUUGUGGAUAGUCUUUGUCCUAAGUGGAACGAGCAGUAUACUUGGGAAGUUAAUGACCCAUGCACUGUUGUAACAAUCGGUGUGUUCGAUAACGCGAGAGUUGAUAAGAGUAAUAACAACACGCGCGAUGCGCGGAUUGGGAAAGUGAGGAUUAGGUUGUCAACGUUGGAGACAGAACGCGUUUACACGCAUUCGUAUCCGUUACUUGUGUUACACGCUAAUGGAGUUAAGAAAACCGGUGAGCUUCAUUUAGCGGUUAGGUUAUCGUGUGGUAACGCUGUUAAUAUGUUUCAGAUGUAUACGUUACCUCUGCUUCCGAAGAUGCAUUAUACUCAGCCGUUAGGAGUUCAUUUGCUUGAGCGUUUUCGUUACCAGACGCUAAACGCGGUUGCUGCGAGGUUGAGUAGAGCGGAACCGCCUUUGGGACGCGAGGUUGUUGAGUACAUGCUUGAUCAUGACUUUCACGUUUGGAGUAUGAGAAGGAGCAAAGCUAAUUUUUUCCGUUUGGUUAACGUUGUUUCGAGUUUGGUUUGGGUUGUGAGAUUGGUCGAAGUUAUGAGGAGUUGGACCAAACCGGUUUGCUCUACGGUUUUUGUAGUUGUGUUCUUGUUUAUGGUUUUGUUUCCGGAGCUGAUAUUACCGUCUUUGUUUCUCUACGCGGCUGCGGUUGGCGUUUGGCGUUUCAGAAAACGACCUAGAUAUCCGCCACACAUGGACGCGCGUAUCUCCCACGCGGAAACGGUCUUUCCCGACGAGCUAGAUGAAGAGUUUGACACGUUUCCGACGAGCAGAGGGUUUGAAGUUGUGAGAAUGAGGUAUGAUCGUGUUAGGAGCAUCGCUGGGAGGAUUCAGACGGUGGUUGGUGAUAUGGCGAGUCAGGGAGAGAGAGCACAGGCGUUGCUGAGCUGGCGUGAUCCUCGUGCGACGUUUAUCUUCUUGGUGUUCUGUUUGGUCUCUGCGGUUGGGUUUUACGUAGUGCCGGUUAAGUUAACCGUGGCUGUUGCUGGUUUGUAUUAUCUGAGACCGCCUCGGUUUAGGAGGAAGCUGCCGUCGCGUGGGCUUAGCUUCUUUAGGCGGUUGCCGUCAAGAGCCGAUAGCUUGCUUUAGAUCUUUGCGUUUGUAUAACAUGUUGUCGUUCUUUAAGGUUAUUACUAGGAGUGACUUAAGCUGUUGGUAGGUUUCUUGGUUUAAUGGAUUUGUUUUGGUUAAAGUUAACCGGUGUAGGUAUUGUAACAACAAGUUGUGUUAAUC